ACUUGUGGUAGGUUUUAAGUCCAACGCCCCUAGCAUUAAGGAGCCCCUAAAAGGCCCAGCAGGAAUAGGGUUAAAAUUCACAUAUGACUCCCAUCAAUUAGACGAAUGUCGAGUAGGUUGUCCUGACAAAUUUGAAGACUUCUUAAAAAUUGUCUAUUUCAAUUAUUCCAUCUUCUCUUGUAUAUAUGUUGAUGAACGUCUCUCUUUGUUGUGAUAAGAUCAUGUCGUUAAUUAAACAUCCUUUUAUAGACCCCGUCAAAAUUAAGAAACUUGUUCAGAAUUUUUUUGGUGAAAUGACCUAAUAAUUUAAGGAACUUUCACUAGUUGACCGUUUGCUUGGUUUUUGUACAAAAAACAUGUGUGACAUAGAAAUUGACAUAUCUGGUUUUGAAUCCAAAGAAAUCAGAGCAUAAAACUGAUCUUAACUUCUCCCUGCAAUGUUUUAUUCUUGGACGUUGUGUUUGUUUUAUUUUUUCUUGCAUUUGAAAAUUUUCUAAUCCUUUUAACUAUUAUAUUCCCUCCAACACAAAAAUUGAUAAAAAACAGACCCUGAAACGUAGAUAGAACUAACGAGAUAAAAUUAUUUUGCAUGCAACCUUUUUUACAGUAUUUUUAUUGCUGUUACAAGAAGUUGUGUUCAAAAGUCGUACAAAAUUGUUUGGAAAUUUGUUUGGAAAAAGCCACAUGAAAGUCUCACAAACCUCGAUGUUUUGUUGAAAGGGAUUAAAAAAGGUUUUGUAGAAAUUACUGUGAUGCUAAUUUAAGUUAUUGUUUAUGUCGGAAGGUUGUACAUUUUUAACUCGGUAAUUUGGGAUUGAAUCAGUACAGCGUUUGACUCAAGUUCAAGAGGUUGUGGGUUCGAUCAUCACAUGAGGACGUUGUCUAAUUGCGCAGAAAUUUCAAAGACUUCAGUAAGUAAAAUGGAAUUUUAAACACUUUUGUAACGGCCUUUGUGGUAUCUUCAAGAAAUUACUUACAAGUAAACAAGUAAACAAGUAAACAAGUAAACAAGUAAACAAGUAAACAAGUAAACAAGUAAACAAGUAAACAAGUAAACAAGUAAACAAGUAAACAAGUAAACAAGUAAACAAGUAAACAAGUAAACAAGUAAACAAGUAAACAAGUAAACAAGUAAACAAGUAAACAAGUAAACAAGUAAACAAGUAAACAAGUAAACAAGUAAACAAGUAAACAAGUAAACAAGUAAACAAGUAAACAAGUAAACAAGUAAACAAGUAAACAAGUAAACAAGUAAACAAGUAAACAAGUAAACAAGUAAACAAGUAAACAAGUAAACAAGUAAACAAGUAAACAAGUAAACAAGUAAACAAGUAAACAAGUAAACAAGUAAACAAGUAAACAAGUAAACAAGUAAACAAGUAAACAAGUAAACAAGUAAAUACAGUUUAAUUACAUAGCAUUUAAUCAUGUCAUUAAAUUAUUAGCAGCAUUAAUUGAAUCGAUGUCUCUUUGUAAAACCAAGCAAGCAUCAUUAAAAACAUGGCCGGAUUUUUUGCAAUGAUAAUUUAAAAUUUGGAUGUUAGAACAUAAAAGAUCAAUGAACAUAAAAGAUCAAUCUGCAUCGCUUAAAGUCAAAUAUUAUCUACGUUUCUUUUAAGUGCAAAUUCUGUUUUUUGUUCUAACUGUAAAAUUAAUGUUUUUGAAAGAAAUGUAUCGUACGACUUAUAAUAAAGAGGUUUAGCAAAUGUUAUUGCUUGAAUUAAAUAAGGAAAAAAUUUAGCUUAUUUGCUACCCCAGUAAGAAGCAGGAGCAGAUGUCUAGGUUAAAAUAGAAGUUACUAUUUACCUUAACCAGACAUCUGUAAAAGAUUAUAAUACUUACUAGUUGAGACACGGUUAAUACAGACGCGGUUAAUACAGACGAUACUACCAGGACCAGAUGAUUAUUUGUGUUUUAAAGAAAAUUAUAGGACAUGAAUGAAACCAGGACCAAAUACUUAUAUGUUGUUGUAGGAAAAUAUUAUUAUUUGAAUAGUGAAUUGAGAUAGAUGUUAUUACUUCAUGAAGACCCUGAAUAUAAAUAUCUGAUAUACAGCUAAUCUCUUCGUUACUGCGUUUAAAUUAUUUAGAUUUGUUAAGAAGCUGGGUAAAAGCACUAUAUACCAUUUAUGUGUGUUUGUCCCUGCAAUGUCCAUCAACAAUGUCAUUAGCUGUGCUAAGCUACUAUAAGACGAAAAUAAAAACACCUGUUUUCUUUUCUGUGCUUGUUAUUAAAAACAUAACUAAUAUCUUAGAUCUGUGCCCAGAAGUCAACUUUUUUCGUACCAUUGACAACAUAAAGUGAUUAGAUCGCACCAAAGAUGAAAGAAGUCAAUUCUGACAAGCAUCCAGACAAGCAACAAAGAAAUAAGGUGAAACCUCACAAAUGUACAGUUUGCCACAAAGCAUUUGUGCAUGCGUAUACACUGAAAGAACAUCUGAAGCUGCAUACUGGUGAAAAUAUUUACCAGUGCGAUGUUUGUCUCAAAGAAUUUUGUCAGCUGGCUAACUUGAGACGCCACGAAAGGAUACACACCGGGGAGAAACCUUUUAGUUGCAAAGUAUGCGAGAAACAAUUUACAGACCGCUCGUCCCUCACCUGGCAUGUUAUGACCCAUUCGAAAACAAAACCGUUUCAAUGCAAGCACUGUUCAAAAUCGUUUUAUCUACAAAGCCAUCUCGACCGUCAUUCGUCUAUACACGAAUCGGAGAAGAAAUUCAAAUGCAAGAUAUGCGGAAAGAAGCUGCGCCGAGUGGAUAGUUUAAGAUGCCAUAUGGAGACACACAGCGUAGUGAAACCUUUUAAUUGCAUACAAUGCAAUCGAAGUUACAGUACAAAAGCUGCUUUAAAUAAACAUCUAAAAAAUCAUGAAAAACAAAAUCAGGAACUACUUCCACAUAUAACCGAACAACAAAAAGGGAACUUAGAUGUUGAUUCAUACACGAUUUUGAAAGGAACACCAAGAAGAAAUGAAAUCAUAGAAAAAACAAAUUCAUCGCAUUCGUAUCAGGAGAAUAAAAUUGUAUCAGGACAUAAAAUUGACGCAAAAGUACAUAUUGAUAAAGCGGAAAAACAUCAUGUGGAGCCAGCUCCAAGGAAAACUGCUUUGCGUACAAAUAGCACACUUGAAGUAAGUUCAGUAGAGAAAACACUGGACAGAAGUAUGUCUAUGGACUUCAGUUCACGCAAAGCGCAAAUACAUAUUCCAGUGAAACUACAACCUAUGCCCAGUCUCCAGGAGGAGGAGGUACAUUUUACAAUUGACAAAUAUUUUUCUUUCGCAACUGAUACUAAACAAAUGUGUAACAUUUGCAAACGAAUUGCAACGAAUGAAGAUGAUCGCGUCUAUCACACUUGUAUAUAAAAUCAUUUGUAUGUCUCUUUAUGAGGGCGUUUUCAUGUACGCCAUUUAUCUGACUUGUGUCUGUUUUUGUUGACUCGCCUACUGUAGUUUAUGAGUUAAAUAUCAUUUGGAUGCCAAUAUGUUCUUUUCGCUUUUACCAUAAAGUUCGAAUUUUUCUUUUAUGUAUAAGACAUAUAAUUGUUCUAACUAUAAAAUGCCUAAAAUUCCUGGGGACGAGGUUGAGCUAAUUUCGAAGUUCGCCACCACAAGUAAUUGCAUAGGCUAUUUAUAUAUUACAUUCACGUAUUUCGAACUUGUGCAUGCUCAGAGGAUCUUAAGCUUUUUGGUCAAGCUCAAACUCUCAAAAUGUGCUUAUUGUUGCCGACGUCAGCAGGAACAUUUAUCAUUAAUUUCGGGACCUUCAUGGGAAUCGACGUGGGUUCUCUUGAUGUGUGGGCCCACAAGAGAAUGUGACUAGCAACUUUUCAACGCUGUCUGCCUGACCUACGUGUGUGCAAAAGUAGCGACUUUGUUGCCUGCUGACUGCAGCGCAUUGACUGUUUGACACCUUUGAAGAAAAUCUGCUUUUGUCUCUAGAGAUUAUCUACUAAAAAUGGCCAUAGUCGUUUCAGAGGCAACAAAACGGCUUUCGGUUCUCGAAUUUAGUGGCAGUGAAAAGAUUAUGACCACUAAGAGCAACAUCCUACUAAAUAUAUUAUUGGAUAUCUAAAAAUAUUGCAAUUAGGCAAAUCCUGAAAUUCUGGCGUGUCAGCAAAAGGUAAUCACACUAGUGAUAGCUAGGGUAAGAUUUGAAAUAUAGUUUCCACGCGGAAUAAGAAAAGGAAUGAUUAGAUUAGAAAUAAAUUUAAACUUCAAUAUUCAAAUAUUCUUUCACACCCUAUUUUUAUGAAUAUUUUUUUAUUUUAAUUAAAAAACUUAACAACCUUGUACCCAACGCUUAAUAAAGUGUUAAUACUUUGAUCCAAUUAAUCUUACUUUUACCAACAUAAUUUAAAGUAUGGAUUCUUUACUUGUAUCUUUGUUGAAACUGAUCCGCUGUUAAAAUUAACUUAUUGUCUUCCCCAAAACGUUUAAAAACUCAGGACGAUGACAAAAAUUUAAAAAAUUUUAGCUUCAUUUCAUCAAACCGAUCAAAAACUAUACCAUUCCGAGUUUUAAAUCGUUAUUUUAAUUUUUAAGAAAUGAUGAGAAAU